UCAGGUUUACAGGAAAUAUGAGAAUCAGGAAGUAGAAAGUUUUUUUAGGUUUGUGUGUCGCCAAAAAUACUAUUAUAGUGCUUAAAGUUUAACUCCAUUAAAACCCGGAUCCACACCGUGUUUUAAAGAAAAUCAGGUGUGAAAGCGUGUGAACGCUGCGUGCGAAGUCUAAGUUGGCUGUAGGUCCAGCUGAGGAGGCCAUGAAUCGAGUCCCCUUGCAGCAGCAGCUGAGCUGUGGGCCCUGGGAGCUGAAGGAGCGACUGGGUACCGGCGGCUUUGGGAAUGUCACAAAAUGGCAAAAUAAGGACACAGAGGAACAGAUCGCUAUAAAGCAGUGCCGCCAGGAGCUAAGCGAGAGAAACAAGGAGAGAUGGUGUCUGGAGAUCCAGAUCAUGAAGAGGUUGAAUCAUGUCAACGUUGUUGCAGCCAGAGAGGUUCCUGAGGAAAUGAAGAAACUGGUGGCCACCGAUGACAUGCCUCUGCUGGCAAUGGAGUACUGUCAGGGAGGGGAUCUGAGAAAGUAUCUGAACCUCUUGGAAAACUGCUGUGGAAUGAGGGAGGGAUCCGUUUUGAUUCUGUUAUGUGACAUUUCUUCGGCUCUAACUUACCUCCAUAAGAAGAGGAUCAUCCACAGAGAUCUGAAACCAGAAAACAUUGUGCUGCAGCAGGGAGAGAAGAGAUUCAUCCACAAGAUUAUCGAUCUCGGCUAUGUUAAAGAACUGGACCAGAGCAGCCUUUGCACUUCAUUUGUGGGAACACUACAGUAUUUAGCUCCAGAGCUCAUUGAGAGACAGAAGUAUACGGUCACUGUGGACUACUGGAGCUUUGGGACUUUGGCGUUUGAGUGCAUCACAGGAUUUCGCCCUUUCUUACCAUCCUGGCAACCUGUUCCUUGGCACAACAAACUUAGGCUGAAGCAGGACAAUGAUAUUGUCGUCUAUGAGGACCUCUCUGGAGAAGUCCGCUUCUCUAAAAAUCUGCCGCAGCCCAACAAUCUCAACAGUCUGUUGUUAGCAAAACUGGAGAGAUGGCUGCAGCUGAUGUUAAAGUGGUCUCCUCAGGAGAGAGGCAAAGACCCUGAUGCUACGCCCAGCGACUGCCUCUCCCAGUUGGAGGUUAUACUGCAACUCAAGCUGGUUCAUGUCCUUAACAUGAUGUCUGCUAAGAUCCUGACAUACUCAGUGUUGGACAAUGAGACUGUGGCAGACCUGCAGCUGAGGAUAGAAAAAGACACCAGCAUUCCUGCAGCCAAUCAGGAGUUGCUGCUGGAGGCGGGGUUGGCCUUGGAGGCUCAUGGACUGGCCACACAGUGUGCCAUAGAUUACACAGAGAUAGAUGGGCGACGGAUCGACUUGCCUUUGGUCUUCCUGUUUGAUCGUUCCUCCUGCAAUUAUGAACCUCAGUUUGCUCCUCGCACCCUUCCAGAAAACAUACGCUUUGUCCAAACCGACCCUAAGCACAUCCUGCCUUACAGCGCUUUGAGGAGGACUUGUGGCCAAGCGUGGCACACCAUCCGCUCCCUGAAGGAAGACUGGCAAAGACUGCAGCAGGGACAGAAAGCUGCCAUCAUGAGCUUGCUGAGACACAACUCUUCAUUGUCCAAACAGAAGAACGAGAUGGUGUCAAUGUACCAGAGGCUCAUGGCCAAGUUGGACUUCUUCACCACCAGCCUUCACAUAGACAUGGACAAAUACCAGGAACAGACAGCCACUGGAAUCGCAUCAGAGAAACUCCUGUGUGUUUGGAGGGAGAUGGAGCAAACUGCUGUCAGCUGUGGUCAGGCCAAGGUGACUGAACUGGAGGAGGAGAUGAUGCAGCUGCAGCCAGACAUAGUGGAUGUGCAGAGACAGCCGUGGAGGAGUGGAGAGGCCCUGGACACACUUGAAGGAAAGGCCAUGGAGAUGUUCCGCAAACUCAGAGAGAAACCCAGAGACCAGAGGUGUCCAGGGGACAGUCAGGAGGUGGUGCGCCUGGUGGUUCAGGCUGUGCAGUUCUACGAGAAGAAGCUCAGAGACUUCUACACGCACCUCAGUAAAACCGCAGUUUGCCGUCAGCGUGUGAUGGAGCUGCUGCCGAAGGUGGAGGGCGUCGUCCAGAAGAUGGCUGAGAGUGAGCAAGUCCUGAUGAGUCUGCAGGAGAAACGACAGCGGGAGCUGUGGUACCUGCUCAAAGUCGCCUGUAGUAAAGUUCGCAGCCCAGUGAGUGGGAGUCCUGAUGGAUUACGAACCCCGUCUUCAGUGCCACCUCUGCUGACCCCCAGACACAGCUUACAACAGUUUGACGAAUCUCUUGUGGAGGAGAGCAGGACGUUUGAGAGUCGACUCCAGAGUUUGCUGCAUGACACCAUCCAGGAAUCAGAGAACAGUAUGGAGAUGUUGAGCGAGUGGACGUGGCUGCAAGGAGGCCAGAAUUUCUCCAAUGACCUCCUCUAAAUUGGGAUUCAUUUUUUGCUUACGUGUUGUCCUUUACUGCCUCUGUGUGGAUGGGAUGUCAAACUACAUGAUAUUUGUUUUAACAAUGUGAAGAGGGUAAUGCUAAAAUAAUAGCUGCUGGCACAUAUUUGCUUAAUGAGAUCAAGGAGUAGAUGAAUCUGCCCACACUCCUGUCUGACAUUGUAAAAGAGAUAGAAGCAAAUCUAUCUCUGUUAGGGAUACGUUUAUUAAAUUAGAAUCUAAUUUAUUUACCCUUUUGUAAUUUUAACAAAACAUUAAACAUGUUUUGGGGUAAAAUUGCACAACAACCAUUCUCCAUUCCACUAACAUCAACCAUUCCACUAACAUCAUAGAUGAUCGUAACUCUUACAAAGCACUUCAUACAUUCCUACAGUGUUACAGUUUCUCUACAAACAGUGACCUUAAAACAGGUGACGCACUUAAAGAGCGGAUUGUAUCCUUCCAUUUAGAAGUGACAGAAUUUGUGAAUGUGAUAAUAUUUUACCACAAUUAGCUGACAGACAUUUUGAAACAUUUGUUUUACCAACUUCCAUCAGAAAACUACAGAUUAUAUUUUAAUACUUGUGCGCAUUCGUCCCAGUGUACAGUUAUAAUCUAAAGUUAUCUCUGCCUUAAACUGUGUGAUGAGCCUCAGUGUAAAUGUGUUUCUCACUGGACCGUUAUAUUUUAUUAUUGUUAUUUUAGUGAGACAACCAUUGUAUGACAAGCAUGAAUGACUGUAUAAAUGUGAUUUUCUUUUUUUUUUUUUUUUUUACAUCCAUGGACAAUUUAUGGAGUAUGGAGGCAAUAACAGGAACACCUGUUGCACAAUAUGUUGCAGUUCAGUAUCCCUAGAAUAAUUAUUAAAUGUAAACAAUAAAGUGUUCUGAAGCUUAUAAUGUUAAAUUCAUGUUAAGACUGUCAGAAAGAUUUGACUUCAAAUUUUAAACAUUUCUAGCUUUAUUGAAACAAAGGCAAAAUGUUGUUUAUGGAUUGUAGCAAAACUGUGAAAACGGGUACAAAACAAACUAAAUUCACAUUUUAAUUCACUUUAUCUCCAUUAUAUUUGUAUCUAGAUGUGACUGCUAUAGUGGUUCGAUAUUGUACAGCUAUGAACUUUCUUCGCUUGUUGCUUCAAAGCUGCACUUCCUGUGCCAAUGUUAAUCCUAGCUAUUGGAGGCAGUCUUUACUGGAUCAUACAAAAUAAUGAGAGAUGUUGUAUAUUGUCAAGUGUCUGAUAUAUCUCUUUGCUGUUAAGAUUGUUAUAAUGUCUUAAUGUCUGAAUUUUGCAUGUCAAAUACAGUAUUUUACUGUAAGUGAUGUCUUAUUUGAGAAUGAGUCCACAGGUUCUCUUCUUCCUUCAUGUGUCUUAUGUCAUCCAAAAAAAAAAACCCACAUCAAUCAAGAUCAUAGUGUUUAACAUACUUUAAUCCAUUAAUUCAAUAGAAUCAGUCUGAGGUCCUUACUGUUGACUAAGUUUCCUAUACAAAGCACAGCACAGAUAAAAUGAAAUAUAGUGAUAUAGGUUGAACAGGUACAGGACAGAAAAUGAGACAAGACAAUGAGGUAACACAGAGUUUCAAAU